AUGUCUGCAGGCAUAGUUGGGGACAGGCCUACCGGAAGUCAAAACGUGAACAUCAACGGACAUGCCCAGGUAGCCUCAGCGCCCGCCGAAAACCUUGGAGGACGCGUCUCAGUCGAUCAUGGCAUGCCAUCCGCACCCGAGGUCCAUCUGAACGGGCGACCCGCCUCUAGCAUGUCGCGGAGAAUGGCAGGAGAGGAGUGGGGAGCAAACUUUUGGGUGACGCUAUCCGAUCCGCAGACCCAGGUGUCCUUCUACGCGUGCCCUGCGACCGGAGAGGUUAGUUGGGAUCCUCCGAUCGGGAAUUUUCUGUUACCUGCCAACCCUGAGGGAGAAUGGUGGGAAAUGAUCGACGAAGCAAGUGGGCUGCCUUACUACUACCACACAAAGUCUGGAGAGACUGUCUGGGAGCGACCGGAAGCAUUCGUGAUCCCUCUGGCUAUCCUACAGAACACGGCGUUGGGACGCCGCCUAUCCGCUCGUCGAUCUUCCCCCAAGGAUUCUGCUCCUCAAACCGCGAAACCAUCUGACAGGGUACUGUACAAUCGCGCGAACUCAUACCGUAGCGACCAAGACCUCAGACAGAGCAACUCCGCCAAGGAACAGCAGCGCCGAUCGCAGUCUGCGACCCGCAGCUCACCAUCGACGAGCACAGGCUCCCCCAUAAACCUUGGUGCCCACAAGAAGACACCCCCACGUCGGUCGGCGACAGGUGGUGACCAUGUUCGGUCCGGAACGACGUCGAGUGGAGGUCCGCUGGCGUAUCCCCGUGGGCACCCGCUCGCACCCAUACCCGGCUCACCAUACAUGUCCGACGCAUCCGCAGCGCCCUCACGCAAGUCUAUGUCGGCGCAAUCCAUCAACGACCGGUACGCCAAAUCGCAAGAUGCGGCGCGGAGAGAAGAGCAGCGCGAAGGCGAGGAUGGCGCACAGCAUGGGAGCAAACAUGACAGCUCGACGGUCGGGCGGUCGCGUUCGAAAACGUCCAGCUACCUCUCCUAUCGCGCUCCCCAGCCGCAGAGCCUCUCCGCAGCACUCGAGAUGAUCGCGCUCUCGGACUCGCAGUCGACGACGUCAUCCGUGUCGACGGACAAACUGCGCACUGCCUCGGAGAACGGGCAUGGGGAGCGGUCUGCUCCGGCGUCGCUGCUCGAUCCUCGCAAACUCCGGAUCAGCACAGAGCAUGGGGACGGCCUGCAUACUGCGCCGGCGUCGCCGAACCCGAUGUGGUCAAGAGGGAAGAAGAUGGGGAAGAUCGGUGCACCGCCGAGUCCACGACGGCCUAUACCUGCGCUGCCACAUUUCGGAGGCGCCCGCAGCGUCUCUUCUCCAACCCCUGCUAUCAUAAAAGGGAACGUGAUCAGCACUCCCAUCUACAAUGCAGACGCAACGAGGGACAUGAGCCAGACCAUGAACCCCGGCACCGUGCCGCCCAAGCUCUAUCGACAACCGACGCACGUAUCCACAGCGUCGCUCAACACCGGCAACUACCCUAUCCUCCCGCACGAGCUCUCCUCCGACAUCCAACAGUUCGCGGAGUCCCACUUCGCGAGACAGUACUUCUCCACGCACCGCGUCGGGUUCCUGUUCAAGCGCAAAAUCCCCGUCGAGCAGAUGAUGAGUUGGCAGAAGGCCCCUCUCAGCUCGCCCUUACUGCAGUUUAACCGGUCCCUACACAAGAAUGCGUUGAAGAUCUUCAAGGCAGUCCAACACAUCAUGGGCGACCGCGAGCGGGAACGCGGCGGCAUGCGGUUCGGAGCUGAGGGCCCAAUCUCAUCUGCAGCGUAUAAUGCGUCGACGACGUCCCUCCCGAAUCCCUCACAGGCGGCGAGAUUGGAGGACGAGCGGUGGUUGCUCAGCGAGGGCAUCGCGCACGGCGAGCUCCGCGACGAGAUCUACUGCCAGGUGAUGAAGCAGCUCAACGGGAACCCUAGCGCGGAGAGCGUGUUCAAGGGCUGGCAGCUGCUCUGCGUCUUGCUCGUUACGUUUCCCCCUUCGAAGGACUUUGAGACGUAUCUUCGCUCGUAUCUCCAGCAGGCGACGAUGCAUCAGGAGGGGCGCAUAGACGUAUUGGCGAAGUAUUGUUUGAGACGCUUGGCGUAUAUCUCGCGGAAAGGGCCGAGGGGCAAGCCACCGACGACGGCGGAGAUAGAAACAGCAUCAGAUGCCGCAUUCCACCCCUCCAUUUUCGGCGAAUCCCUCGAUACUAUCUUCCGUCUACAAGAGCGAUCCUACCCGCAUAUGAAGGUGCCCAUUAUCCUUCCUUUCCUCGCCGACGGUAUCCUUGCUCUGGGAGGCACCAAGACCGAGGGCAUCUUCCGCGUACCCGGCGACGGCGACUCUGUGUCGGAGCUCAAGCUCCGCAUCGAGAAAGGCUACUACUCGCUGGACGGCAUCGACGACCCCCACAUCCUCGCGUCCCUGGUGAAGCUGUGGCUCCGCGAACUCUGCGACCCACUCGUGCCGGAUGAGCUCUACGAUGAAUGCAUACGCGCAAGCCAGAGCCCGGAAGUGUGCGUGAGCAUCGUGCAGCGGCUGCCGACGAUCAAUCGCCGGGUCGUCCUGUUUGUGGUCAGCUUUUUGCAGCUGUUCUUGGAGGAGAAGAUCUGUUCCGUCACGAAGAUGACGAGCCAGAACUUGGCGCUGGUCAUGACGCCGAAUCUGCUCCGGUGUAAUUCGGAUAGUAUCGCGGUCAUAUUCACGAAUGCUCAAUACGAGCAGACAUUCGUGCACAACCUCCUGCUCCAUCUUCGAUGCGAUGUCAUCGACCCUGACUACAUCCCUGCGCAUGGUCAAGGUGCCGUCCGACCCACCAGUCCUCCACCAAAGAAUUCCCAAGGUCGCCGCCGGCUCAACCACUAGCACUCCUUAAUCAACACACUACACUCGUUUGCAUCUACUACUACUAUUACAAUCUCCAGGCACCAGGCACUAAUCUGUUGUAUACCUCACCCGAGCCUCGUUCGACCCAUGUUGGAUGAAUAACCCUGCAUCAAAGUAUAGAUACCUUUUGCAUACGCGUUCUCUAUUUUCCUUGCUUGCCACGAUCUAGUCUCUACACAUAGUAAUGCACUCCGGGUUUGGAGUCAUUGUGCAUACCAUUCGUCGCGUCUGUUUUCUUGGCUUUAUACCAGUGGCGUCGGGCCGUCCUUGCUUGUUGCUCGCCGUACCAUAUAUACUUUGACCGGUACUGAUCAUUGAGUAGGUAGCCCUGCAAAUUUCCUUCUGGGUUGUACUGUGGCAUCGUUAAUGCAAUCGACAUGAAAAGGCU